UGAUUAAAUUAGUUUAUGAAAAGUGUUUUUAAUUUUCUAUAUUUUAAUUAUAAACUAAGAGUUAAUCUUAAAAUAAAAGUUUUGAUAAGUUUUAAAUACCGGUAACAGUAAUUGGUUAACAGUUAACAUAAAUGAAUGGCUAAUUAUAGCAUUGAAUUGACAGUGCAUUUGAUAAUUGGUGUAAAAUAUGCUAAACUCUAUGUUAUGUCAUAAAUGUCACCGAAAACUGUUGGCAACACUUCUCGGCCGGACGUCCACUACUAUUGGGACUAUUGGUUCACUGCAUCGCCGGCUUUCAGUUGUCUUUUACGGAUCCGAUGAAUUCAGUUUAGAGACACUCAAAGUCCUUAACCACCACUUCAAGCGACACACGAGUGGUGACACAACAGCACUGAUCACGCGCUUGGAAGUAGUGUUGAGCUCAAGACAUAACAUAAUAUCGCGUUUCGCCCAACAAAACCAAUUAACGAGUCAUGAGUUUCCCUAUGAAUUGCCGCCAAAGAUAUAUGACUUGGGAGUCGUCUCAUCCUUUGGUUACCUCAUCCCCAACCGCGCCAUCAAAGCCUGCAGAUUAGGUAUGCUUAACAUUCACGGCUCACUACUGCCCCGAUGGAGGGGCGCCGCACCAGUCAAUUAUGCUGUCCUUCACGGCGACCCCAUCACUGGCAUCACUAUAAUGAGGGUUAAGCCCAAGAAGUUCGACAUCGGAGACAUUGUCCUACAAAUGGAUUAUAAGAUUCCCCACAGAAUGACAGCCAAACAAUUGAAAGCACAGUUAGCUCCAGCCGGCGCUCAAUUGUUAUGGAAAUGUUUAUUGGAUUUAGAAAAUAAUUUAAAUAACUCUAAACCGCAACCAAAUGAAGGCAUAACUUUUGCGCCUAAAUUUGACGAAACAUACGGUUUGAUAAACUGGUCGACGAUGACGGCCACAGACAUCGACCGCAGGUUUAGAGCAUUCGUUGAUUUUAUAGACAUUUGCACGCAUUGGACAGACGGCACACCAGUCAAACUCUACGAUAUAGUCGACCCACAAGUUGUGUCAACUCUCCAACUCAACCGCCUGUCCAGUCAGUCGAAACCGAAACCCGGUUUAGUUUAUUAUCAUAAAAAGCGUCGUAUUCUAUGUAUCAGUUGUGCCGACAAUACGUGGUCUGCCUUCGGCUCAGUGACACUCAAAGGACACAAACGCAUGUCUGCUCUUCAGUUCAAUAAUGGAUUUAUUAGUAGACAUGAAAGUGAACUCAUUUUAGGACAUCAAAUGCAAUCAGUUUUAUAGUAAACAGAG